AUGGCGGCGUCGCUCCACCCCCUGGCGGGCCUGUACCAGCCGAACCAGCUGAAGGGGCUAUACUACGGCCCAUCGGUGGUGGAGAAACACCUCCUCUCGGUGCUGCCGGGCGAGCAAUCCAAAGCGUUCAUCGUGACGGGCCGGUCGCUGGCCACCAAGACCAGUCUGAUCAAAGACGUGGAGGCGCUCUUGACGGCCAAACACCACGCCGGCACGUUCAGCGGCAUCAAGGAGCACGCGCCGGUGGCGCAGCUGGACGAGGCGACCGCGCUGGUGCUGCAGGACCCGAGUAUCGAUACUGUCAUCAGCGUCGGGGGCGGCAGUCCGAUCGAUAGCGCCAAGGCGAUUGUGUACCGAGUGCAUGAAGCGACGAAAAAGGAUGGUGAAGGCCAAUGGCUUCGACACAUCACCAUCCCCACAACCCUGUCGGCAGCCGAAUGCACCGCUUUGGCGGGAUACACGGGCCCCGACGGGGUCAAGACGGGCGUGGCCCACCCCAACAUCUACCCAGCAUAUAUCUUCUACGACGGACGGUUCGGGGCACAGACGCCUCCAAACCUGUUGCUGACGACGGGACUCCGGGCACUCGACCACGCCGUCGAGACGCAGUACCACGGAUCUGCGACGUGGGUGCCAACGCGACUGGUGGCGCUGAGCGCGAUCGCCGAGCUAUUCCGCCUUUUGCCGGCGUACAAGGCCGACCCGGGCAACGAAGACGUGGUGACGGGUCUGUUCCUCGCGGCGUUCGCCAGUCUCGGCCUGUUCGGGCAGAACAUCCAGGGCAGUCUGGGCCUGUCGCACACGCUGGGCUAUGCGCUCGGCAGCCCCUACGGCAUCCCGCACGGCGUCACGUCGUGUCUGACAUUGGGGCAUGUCGUCAAGCUCAAGGCCCGCCAGUCGCCGGACAAUGCGGCCGCUAUCGCCAACAUCCUGCCGUAUCUCGGCGAGCAGCGCUCCGGCGACGACCUCACCGAUAGCGUCCGUGUCGGCGAUCGCAUCUUGGGGCUGGUGGCCGACCUGGGCCUCAACACUACCUUGACUGAACGCGGCGUCGGGGCUGAUCAGGUCGAUCUCAUCGUCUCCAGGGCCACGGGGGGGUUGGCCCUCAAGAAGGAGAAGGAGAAGAAGUCUAGCCAGCACGACGAAGAGACGUUGAAGGCGGUUAGAAAGCUGGUCGAGGGUUUGUAUUGA